UGAGGCGUGUGUUUGUUUUGCAGCCUGUGAAGUGGACGCCGGUGAGGAGAGGGUCACACACCGGAGCUGUCAGCCGAACAGGUGGAGUUUCUCAAGUCUGUUUCUCCCGGUGAAACCCGAGCCGAGGGACACGGUGGCGGGGAUACACCGUACCUUCGUAUAAUAUCGGUUGCUCGUGUGUUUGAGAGAAUUAUUCGUUAAGCCCAACCAUGACAUCGGUGUGGAAGCGGCUCCAGCGGGUUGGGAAGAGAGCGUCCAAAUUUCAGUUUGUUGCUUCGUUUCAAGAACUGACGGUAGAAUGUACAAAGAAAUGGCAACCAGACAAACUGAGAGUGGUGUGGAUCAGGAGAAACAGACGUCACAGCACAAAGCUCCACAGCUGGCAGCCGGGGAUCAAAAACCCCUACAGAGGCCUGGUGCUAUGGCAGAUUCCAGAGAGUUUAGACAUCACUGUAACACUCUUCAAGGAACCUACUGCAGAGGACUUUGAAGACAAGGACUGGACCUUUGUCAUUGAAAAUGAAACAAAAGGCCGCAGGAAAGUGUUGGCAUCAGCAGACGUUAAUAUGAAGAAGUUUGCCAGUGCCACGCCGGCCCAGUAUGACUUAACACUGAAGCUCAAACCGCUGUCUGUCAAAGUGGUGGAAGCCACGCUGAAAUUGAACCUGUCCAGUAUCUUUCUCAAAGAGGGCAAGGCCACAGAUGAGGACAUGCAGAGUUUGGCCAGUCUAAUGAGUAUGAAAAUGAGUGACAUUGGAAACCUUGACGACUUUAAUGACAGUGAUGAUGAAGGCGGUGAGGAGAGGAGGGCCAGCUUUGGAACCGGACAAAUUACUCAUGUUACUGCCUCUGGUUCUUCUAGCACGAGAGUACAUGAUCUGGCUUGGAGGCCUGCAAUUGAAUCAGGCCCCACAGUAACCUCAGAGAUGGAUUGGAAAACGUCCUCUGGCAUUUCCUCCACCAUCUCGGUUCCAUCUCGUCCUCCUCUGCCCGAACCCCCAGACCCCUCUGUUCCAUCCUUUUUACACACACGACCACCAAGCACUGCCCAGCAGGCUCGGCCCUCCCCCUAUGCCUACUCACUGCCAGCCUUUACAAUUGCUCACCCUCCUGCACUUCCCAAAAUCUUCCAGCCCGCUGCCGGAUCAGCUCCUCGAAGGCCCCAUAGCUUCCACAGUGACUUCUCUCCAGCUGAGGGCUUGGAGGCUUUCUCUACCUUCACCCCUUCUAAAGCAGUCUCCACCUCUUUUCUCUCUUCUACACCCUCUGAUCCAUCUCUCCAUCAUCCUGCUUUCUCUGAUACCUCACAGACAGCCUGUCCCAGUGCGUGGAGACCACAGAAUUUUCCGUCUUUUUCUUCUGUGUCCUCCUCUUCCUCCUCAUCCUCAGCUCCUGUCAGCUCCUUCCCUUCUAUUCCUCCACCACCUCCUGCUUCCAGACAGCCCAAAGCCCGUCUCACCUCUGUGGGCGAGACAGGCUUUGCCCUCACCAGGCCCACCAGCCUGCCGUCUGCCCCUGAGACAGCUUCCUGGCAGAGUGAAUGGAGGCCUCCUAAAUCUCAGGCCCCUCUAGCACAGCCUGCCCUCUCUCCUAAGUUUCUGCAUCCCUCUGCCAAUGAUCCUGGACAGCCUGCAGUACUGCAGAGACAGCAGACAGAGACGCCAUCUUCAUUCUCUCUGCCCACUGGUCAGUCUAUGGAGCAGAAAGCCCAGGGAGGGGCUGGAUUUGUUCCUUCCUUGAGACCCCAGGUCACCCCUGCGAUAGAGUCUUCUUUAAGUCCUCCCUUUGCUCCUGUGCUCUUUGGGCCUCCUUCCUCUCAGCCUCAUAUAGCCCAAACUGCCAUAACCUCACACAGUGACCAAGAUGCAGAGUUCAAAAGACAGUUGAGUACGCUGAGUGAAGAGGACAACCAGUGUACAACACCUACAAGCCCUGAUCCCAGAGCGCCGGCCAGCUGGAGGCCAGAGCUGUCCAGGGCCUCAGAACGGAAAAGAGAUGCACAUUUUGGAAUCGAGGUUGUUAAGGCAACAGCAGGACCUGAGAGCAUGGCCUCACUUCUGCCCCCUAGCCAAAGAAAGCCCAUAGCCCCAGGGCUAAAAUAUUUUGAGAUGCCAAAAACACAGAUGGAUCAAACAGAAUCAAGGCCAGGAAGGACGUUCCCUAACAUCCAGCCAACAUUUCCUCCCUUUACCUCUGCAUCUAAGCAAAACCCUGAUUUUCAAGAUUCCACAUCUGCUUCAGUCAAGGAGCCUUUGGUUAACCCAAGAAGUCACUUGUCCAAGAUGUCCAUUCAGUUAGGGAAUCCAAUAGCCCAACCAGAGUCUGCUCGGCGUCUACCCCUUUCUCCUUCCAACCCCCAACCUACUAGAUCACUUCAGGAACCUUUGUUGCACUUACCUCAGACUGCUACAACCACUGACACAAAACCGCUACGAAGGAUAGGAGUGGCUCAUAAAAAAGAAGCAGUAGCUAUGGAUUCAGGAAAUGAGAGCAUGGCUGCCUCAGUGUCAUCUUGUCUCAAAGACACCAAUUCUGCUUUUGCUCCAAUGGUGAUCAACAAAACACCUGAAACUCAGUCUGGAGAACAGUCCAUUGCGAAAAACUCACAGUGGAAGAAGCCGCAAAGAGACACUCAAAAAAUAAGCCCUGCAGUUCCAAUACCUGUUAUGGACAAGAAAACCUUAUGCAACAUGACUGCCUCAGACCAAGUCACUUCAAGAUUGGAUUCCGAUUUGGGGGUUUUCUCAGCACAGCAGACCACAACAGAUAAUUUAUCAAAACAAAGAGAAGACCUUAAGGUGGAUUUUGCUUCGUUUCCCACAAAAAGCUUUGUUGUACAUGGUUUGGACCCAGAACAUUGUAUGAAGAAAGGGAGAACUGACAAUGUGGCUGGGUCUAUGGAUAAGAGACCAUUGAGUGAAAGAGAUAGGAUAGUUAAACAGGAACUUGUUUUACCAAGCUCUGAAGUCAGUAUAGAAGAAAAGUGUACGUACAUAUCUAAGGUGGAACUUGGUCUGUUGUGUCCAACAGGGAGUACUUUUUCUCAUUCAACGUCUUCUGCACAGCCUCAAGUUCAACUUAAACGAACAGUGGGGAUGCCAAGUAUGAUUAAGUUACAAUCAGUCUGCCCACAAUGUUCCAAGAUUCCUGGCAUGCCAUCUUUACGUCAGUCACAAGUUCUAGCGUGGUCUAAUGAGAGAAGUUUAUUCUUUCAGAAGUUAUCCAGCGACAGAUUUCCAUUACUCCUGUAUUCAGACACUGUUAGUUCCCUUUAUGAGGGUAGUGCAGGAAUUGCAAAAAUGGUGGACUUAACACCAUCCUGCUCCAGCUCUGCUAGUAUUCCUGGAUUCCCUUCAGCUUUGAAACGUGAGCCAAAUAUGACUUGUCUUUUCACUUCAUGUCCCAGAAUUAGCAGGAUUCCAGGGUUAGCUUCUGCUGAAUCAGUGACUGGAUAUGAAAAGAGAGUUUGGGAUGGAUGUUCUCUAUGGAAGAAACCAUUGCAGAUAAAAGAAGCAUUUGUAACACACAUGUCUUGCAUUCAGGAGCAAACUCUUAGUGAUACUAAUAUGAUUAAAGUCAUGGUGGCCAUGUUGCCAACGUGUUCUAGAAAUGCCAGUGUUCCAGGGUUCCCUUCUGCACCACUGCAAAAGGAUUCACAUGUUCCAAGUAUGACCAGUCUUCUACCUACAUGCCCUCAACAGACAAUAAUUGCAGGCAUGCCAGGUAGAGAAAGAGUUAUGGUAUACAAUGACAACUGGCAUAUUUUGAGGGAAUUAAGUUUAGAUAGACCAUUCAGAGGUACUCCUGUUCUGGUUCAGGAAAAGUCACAUGAGGAUAAAGAACAUAUAAAACAUAUGGUAGAUAUGUUACCAUCUUGUCCCAGGAAGGAAACCAUCCCUGGUUUUCCCUCUGUGCCAAGAAAAGAACCCAGUUUGCCUGGUGUUCUGUUUGCACCAAGCCAAGAUCCUAACAUGGCAGAUAUUUUGCCGUCUUGCCCAAGAAAAACUAGAGUCAUUGGAUUACCCUCUAAGGAGACAGUCAGUGCUCAAGGUGACUAUGUGGAUAUAAUCAGACAUGUAUUGAUGGAGAAGCCCUUGAGUAAAGCUGAAGUCUUUAUUCUAGAUAUGUCCCCAGGUGCUGCUCAGGAUGUAGACAAAAGAGAAAUUUUCAGCUCAGUGGCAAUGUUGCCCUCAUGCCCCAUGAGAACUUGCCUUGUUGGUAUGCCCAGAGCACCACAGAGGCUGUUACCGAGUAUUGUCAGUCUUGCACCUGUAUGCCCUAAACAGACCAGAACUCCUGGUAUGCCAUCUCGAGAUCAAAACAGUUCAGAGAGCAGAGAUUGGCAUGCUUUGAGGCAAUUAAUUAACAAGAAACCAGAGAAGGAAACACAAGCCUACAUUUUUCACUGGAUACCCAUACAUGCAUUUAUCCCUAAAGAUAUGGUAGAUAUGUUGAUAAGUUGCCCAAAAAGAGCCAGAGUUCAUGGCUUACCCUCUGCUCCACGACACGAACCCAGUAUGGUUAAUGUAAUGCCUUCAUGCCCCAUGCAUAGUAGAGUCCUUGGUUGGCCUUCAAAGACUGGACAAAAUCUUAGUUUGUCCAGUUGCAAUGAAUGGUUUGCUUCUAAAAGUUUACAGUGGGAGUGUCCACUUAUCAAAAAGAAAGUGCAGAUUCUAAAUGCAUUUUUUUGUUUUGAUAAGAACACUGCUGAAAGUAUGAGUGCAAUAUUACCCUCUUGCCCCAAGAAUACCAGUGUACCUGGGUUUCCUUCUUCUCUGACACUGACAUUGGCAUAUGGCCAUACUAUGGUUAAUUUAUUGCCCAGUUGUGCAAAGGAAUCUAGAGUUCCUGGAAUGUCACUUAGACACACCACAGAACAAAUGGAGUGGCUAAUGAAAAGUGAGUCACUGCUUCUUCCUAGGGAGAAGUCUGCAGAUAUGUUACAUUUACAUGAUGUUAAUAUAUUCUAUUUUGAAAGUGAUAUGAUCCUAAAUAUGGUAUCAAUACUGCCCUCCUGCCCACGGACAGCCUGUUUACCGGGCUUUCCAUCACUACCAUGUCAGAUGUUGGCAGACAUACCAAGUAUGAUCAACCUUUUGCCUACUUGUCCAAGACAUUUCAGAGUAUGUGGAAUACCCUCUUUAUUCCACAGUGAGUCUGAUGAAGCAGAAUGGAGUGUGGACCAAUCGCCAGUAUGGGAAAGGCCAUUAGCUAACGCAGGAAGACUGCCAGUUAUACAUGACCAUAAGAUGUAUUUCAGAGAAUGGGCCGUGGUUAGAAUUAUGGUAUCAAUGUUGCCACCCUGUCCAAAACAUUCAUAUAUUCCUGGAAUUCCCUCUAAGGCUGGAGAGAGACCUGUGAAAGAUGAAACGAAAGAGGCUCUCAGUAUGUUUAAAUCCUUAUCCACUUUCCCAAAACACAGUAAAAUUCCAGGUCUACCUGCAAAGAAUAGUGCAAAGGAAUAUGAAAGCUGGCAUGUGGACAGGGAUGUAGUUUGGAAAAUUCCAUUUGAUAGAAGGUGUAGAGUUGUUCACCAAGAUUUUACAGAUAAGAAAAUCUCAUGUAGGGAUAAAGAAAUAAUGCUGAGUAUGCUUCCAUCAUGUCCACGACAAGCCCUGAACCCUGGAUUUCCUUCUGCUCCACGUCCCCAAGCUGUUGAUCCCAUGGUGGAAAAAAAUCCAGACAUGGUACAGUUGGUGCCAUGUUGCCCAAGACAGUCAAGUAUCAUUGGCUUCCCCUCAAGAGUGUCAGUUAUUUCUGAUUCUGAAGUAGCUGGCUGGCCAGUGGCGAUAAUAAAGACACAAGACUGCUGUCCAUUUUACACAAAGUAUUGUUCCCUUCACAAAGAUAUAAUGAAGACAAUUGUUUUCCUUGAACAUUCUUGUCCAAACAUUGCUCUUAGUUCAGGCUUCACAGCAGUGCCCCCAGCUGACGUAGAGCGGCUUCCGAAUAUGGUAAAUAUUGUGCCAUCUUGCCCAAAGAAAGCUUCUGUUCUUGGAGUACCAUCAACACAUGUGCACCAUUCAGAACACAGGUGGCCAAGAACAAAAAGAAUUGAAAAAGAAAGAGAGAACUUUGCAAGGCAACAGCUGCCAUUGGAAGAAUAUUCUCCUUGUAAAAUUUCUGCGACAGAGAGAUCCAUGCAUCUUAUAUUCCCUAGCCAAGAUGUACCAGAGGAUGUACAACAAAAAAUGACAAUUAAGUCAUCAACCUGUCCCUUUGAGGCCAUUGUCAAAGACUUGCCAUCACCAAAUUCUAAAAUCCAAGUUGACCAGCCAUCCUCUAGAAUUAAUGGGAUUGAGAUGUCAUGGGAUGAGGCCAGUCCAACAAGAUUAGAUUUUGACACAAAGGAAAUAAAAUCUGAUGUAUGCUCGGCUUCAGAGAGACAUAAAGAUGAACAGGGCUUUUGGAUACCGAUUGAGGCUGAAGAAAUAGCUGCUCUAGAGAAAGGAAACUUGCAUUGCAGAAUGUGGCACUCUGUUCCUGACAUGCCACUGUUAUUGAGUGUUAGUAGGAGCCCCUGGGGUCAAAAGGAUACUCAAGAAACACAGUUAUCAAUGUAUGAAAAGGGAGAAACUGUUGGCAAAGAGGCCCAAACUGCUGUAGUGACUGUGGAGGGUCAUGGUUUCAUGCCCUUAGAAGAGUCAAAUAAAACUUUGUCAGUGUUGUCAAUGAACAUCAAUACGACAAGUUAUGACACUGUGGAUCAAGAGUGCGUUAGAUUCUCUGAGAGUGGGCAAGGGGAGAAGUUACAAGUUACUGGCCUCCACCAAGCCAAUCAACCAGCAACGCCUCAGAAAAGACUUGCAGAUGGGGCUGCCACUCUGGAAGGCUUUUCACCCAGUCCCAGUUUAGUGACAUCCAGUCAGUCUCUGUUGGACUGGUGUCAAGAAGUCACACAGGGUCACAAGGGAGUGAAGAUCACAAACUUCAGCACCUCCUGGAGGAAUGGCCUUGCCUUUUGUGCCAUCUUACAUCACUUUCAUCCAGAAAAGAUUAAUUAUGAAAUGCUGGACCCGUAUGACAUCAAACACAACAACAAAAAGGCCUUUGAUUGCUUCGACGAACUUGGCAUUUCCAGGCUGAUGGAGCCGUCAGACAUGGUCAUGCUAGCAGUGCCUGACCGCCUCAUUGUCAUGACCUACCUCAACCAGAUUCGCACACAUUUCACAGGCCAGGAGCUCAGUGUGCUUCACAUAGACAGGAAUAGCAGCGAGUCCAGCUAUGCCGUAGCAGGGGAGCGGGAGAACGAGGAGGACCCGGAAGCAACUGUUCGCUACUGUGCCCAGAGGCUCCAGGAGGAGGGCAUAAGUCUGGAGACCAAUGGGACUACAGGCACAGCAGAGCCGGAGAGUAAAACCAGGGAUGUUGUCCCACCUCCCAGAACCAAACGGCUGCAGGUUGCUGGGGCAGGUGGGGCUCAGUUACCAGUGGCACCCCCAAGAACUCAUUUCCUGUCCAAGACUGGUUUCUCUCAUGUCAAAGACGCUGAUCUGGUGAAGAAGCGUAGGUCACAGCGGAGGAGUGGGUCAGUGGAAGAAGCAGACAUAUCGGUGCAGGUCGUUGCAGGUCAAGAAGAGAGUGUAAUUACCCGGAGGAAGUCAGAAACUGAGGGAACAGAGGCUGUGUCUGAGGAGGGAAGACCAGAUGGCCAGGACCCCAACCAGUAUGUGCUGAGUCAGAUGGAAGCCCUGGAAGCAGAACAAAAUCAUAUUGAUAACAGAGCAGGUGUGGUGGAGAGAAAACUCAGACAAUUACUGGGAACAGGCAGUGACAAGGUGGAGGAGGAGAGGUUGAUUCAGGAAUGGUUUACACUGGUCAACAAGAAGAAUGCUUUAAUCAGGAGGCAGGACCACCUGCAGCUACUGCUGGAGGAACAAGACUUGGAAAGAAAAUUUGAGCUGUUGAACAAAGAGCUGAGGGACAUGAUGGCAAUUGAAGAGGGUCAGAAGACUCAGGCCCAUAAACACAGAGAGCAGCUGCUACUUCAAGAGCUGGUGUCAUUGGUCAACCAGAGAGAUGAACUGGUCCACAAUAUAGACGCCAAGGAGAGAGGAGCUCUGGAGGAGGACGAGCGUCUGGAGCGAGGCCUGGAGCAGCGGAGGAGGAAGUAUGCUAAACAGCAGAAAGAGAAGUGUGUGAUGCAGUGAUCCCAUCAACCUCCAGACACAAAGCGUUGGGUCACCAAAUCUGAAAGAGGAUAGCUGAAGAUCAAAACGAAUAAUAGGACAAUCACGUGUGGUCACAUUGAUUGGUGUGGUUUGAAGUCAGCAGAAAGAGGACAUUUAGACACAGCUGACCUAAGGAGGGUACUUCUGAACCAAUGUGAGGUGGAUGUAUUUCCAGUGGAGACUCAGAUGUCCCAAACCAGAGAGAGGCUCUGAGAAAUGCCUGCAAUGUUUAAGCUCUGAAUCAGCUUUCACUUUGGUUUGCUUUCCCUUUUGACUGUCUUAAAAUGCGGCACCACACUCCAUUUAAUGACCACACAUCAAGAUAAUUGAAGUGGGCAGUGGUGUAAUUUCCACAAAAUUAUUGCAUCGUCCAUGUAGCAAACUCUACAGGAUGUUCAGCCCACUGAGCAGAAGAGGCAUCAGCGCCUCAGAGAGCUGCUUCUACCUUUGGACUGUUUGCUUUGCAGUUUCUCUGCUGUGUUUUUAGUGAUUGUUGUUACAGAGUGAUUGGGAAUGUAACAUGAGUUUGAUUGAAAGCGUGUGUGAGACUGGAAAUGUCUGGUAUAGAUAUGGGCUGCCAAAAACAGGAGAGUAGGUUUGAUCAGUGUUUGUUCGUUAAGGCCAACAGCUUUACAGACAGGUUUGGAUUGGACCUGCUGAUAACCAAAAGAGUGUGCCAUUAUAUUCAUAUUUACAAGGAUUCAAUGUUUGCUGAUGACUGUCACAUGUAUCAGAGAAACCCUGAGAAAUACAAGUCUUCCAAGUGGUGUGUAGAAAAUCUAUAAACACAUCUGCAUAUGAAUGUAGAAUCUGGAGGCAACAGGACAAGAUUUUGUAUGGGAGGCAUUCUGAUUUCCUUUUGUAUAUUGCAUUUCAAGUUGCUAAUUGGACUGUUAACAAUUACCGGGUGAGAUAAGGAAGUCUUGACCCACAGAUCCAUUACUCUGAUACAUGCUGGCUACACCAGAACCCCCAAGUAUUGGCAGUUGCCCCCAAAGUCCAAAUCGUCGUCAGACAGAUAGCUGAUUGCUUCCAAGAUUGCUCCAAAUUGAAAAUUAAAAUACACUUUGCCAUUGCCUUCUAAAAACAUCCGUAGGAUUGUUUUAAAAUCUGUUGCCUCUAUCAGCAGGAAGUCAUCUUUUUGUCAGUACUUUUCAUAACCGUCACAUGAUGAAAACAAAUUAAUUUGGGUUUAAGGGGAACCCCGAUAUUUUUCUACCUAGACCCUAUUUUCCGUCAUCUUUGGGUCUAAGUGACUUGUGGAAACAACUGUUUUUGAAAGUGGUCCAGUAUUGAGAGAGAGUGCUGCAGCAGGCAGCGGCGAAACAGGCUGCAAUGUUACCACUUGGGGCAUAUUUGCACUAUUCACAUCUACUAAAAGUGUUUGUUUUUACCACAGACAAGCUCAGAUUGUUAUGAAUGUCCGACGACAUUAUGGAAAGGACCCUCCAAAGAACUGAAAUGUUUUUGCCGUACCUUUUGCUUGUUCCCAUCUGUUUUGUAUCCAGGUCUCGCCACGUCUUGUCUGAAAUGUUGCAGACUUUUUCACAUUUUUGAAAUCAGUUAGAUAUUCAGCCAUGACACUGACAAUCUUUUAGAUUAGAGUAAGAUAUGCUCUCUGUGCUCAGGCAAACUAUUACUAUAUAGCACUCCUCUCUCCAACUUUCACUUGUUUUUCUGUUUUCUUCCUGCAACAAGUCACCUUGCGCCGUUUCUUCCUGCAAGAAGUUACCUCACACUAUUUUCUUCCUGCAACAAAUCAUUUCGUGUGAGAUUUUAGAACAAAUCUUCUCGUUAAUGAGACUUGGACACAAAACAGAUCGGUACAAGCGAAAUGAACGCCAAACGUUUUUUCUGUAGGGUUCUUUCUGUAACGUUGUCAGACACUCGUUAUAACAGUCUGAAUCUGUCAGUUGCAAAAUCAAGCACAUUUAAUGGACAUAAAUUGACCAGGUGCACCUUCCACGAGUGGUUACAUUACAGCCUGUUUUCGCCACUGCCAGUUACAGUGGUCUCUUUGAAUAAUGGACUAAUUCCAAAACUAGUUUUUCCCACAAGUCAUUUAUAUGCAAAACGUGAAAAUAUGGGGUCCAGGCUGAAAUAUACUGGAGUUCCCCUUAAGGUCUUGGAAAAAUGUGCGGUCAUGGUUAAAGUGUUGGGCACGUACGACAAAUAAUAGUCUAGUCCUAAAGACACUGAACUCUUUUUCAGUAUUCAGUUAGUCACCACAGUUGCCUUACUGAAGGAUGUGCUACAUCAUAAAUGACUGUAAAUAACAAAGUUCAUUUCCCUAAGUUUUAAUGCAUUUUUUCAUUUUCAUGUUUGUUGUUAUAGUAGCUAUUUGGAAAUGAGAAAUCUAAUGCAGUCUGAUUGUGAUGUUUGAGAUGUUGCGAUGUUUACAUCAUAUUGUGAGAUUGGAUAAAUGUGCAAAUGGAAUGCAAGGACAAGGAAAGCAGCCAUGGAACAGAUCAGAGCCCUUUAACUAAAUUAUUAGGUUCAUUUAAAGUUUUACUAUUUAUUCAAGACAUAUCAACUGGCAGAGCAGCCACAGAUUCAGUAUGUCUGCCAUAUUGGUAUGUGUUUUAACCAAAGCCUGUAGCCCUCAUUAUUGUAACAUUUAACUUCCAUCUGUGUAGAGAAUGUUCAUACAGUACAGCAGCAUCUAGCCUCUCUGUAAUCCAACACAGAGACUGCAUUCAUAUUCAUGACAGUGACAUCAGAAGAUGUCUUUGAGACUUGUACAUGUAGGAUGUUUUUUCUUGUGUUUUGUUUUUGCACUGAAAAGUUCUGUUUUUACUCCAGCACAAGGAUGUUGUGUAACAGUGACAUUUCUGGGCCUGAGGUUUUAUUUUGUGUUUAAAGGUUUGCAGUUCUCAUGUUGCCAUAAUUGCUGGUGGUAGCAGCUCUGACCGCCACUGUGUGAAUUAGCUACAACCUGUUAAAAGAAUGGCUGUUUUUAUUUACAUUUGCACUAUUUGUAAAGUUUGGAAAAUACAAAAGAGUUGAAUGCC